GUGAGGAUUCGUUAUUUUUAUUUUUAUUUAAUUUUGAUGCAAGGGGAAGUUAGUUUCCGUGUAUUUAGUAGUAAACUUGCAACUGUAUUUAUUUGACAAUGGCAUUCCAGCAUCAGCCUGGAGUAGCUAUAGAGUGUUUAAGCAUUCCAAUUAAACUAGCUAAAGAAGCUAGUGUGGAUGCUGAAGGCAGACCAGUUAUGAAAUGUGGUUUUAAAAUUGGAGGUGGUAUAGACCAAGACUUUCAUAAGAGUCCCCAAGGGUAUACAGAUAAUGGGAUUUAUGUGACAGAAGUUUAUGAUGACAGCCCAGCAGAGAAAAGUGGACUAAAAAUUCAUGACAAAAUUCUACAGGUCAAUGGAUAUGACUUCACUAUGGUGACACACAAAAAAGCUGUGGAGUACAUUAAGAAACAUGCUGUUUUGAACAUGCUUGUAGCAAGGAAGGGAGUCACACAUUCAUGAAAGCAUCAGUCGUCAAGACAUUCAGUUUCUGUUGCUGUUGUGGCCUUCUGCACAUUUUGUAAAUGCACUAGCAGGCUAGUUGCAGUUUUUCUUGUCAUUAAAGCAUGAAACCUUUUUCUUUUAAAAUGAGAACAGAGAACAUAAAUAUUUAAAGUUAUUCUUGCACGGUUAAUUCCUGUACAGUUUAUUUGUACAAUUAAAAUACAUGUUAGAGUACUACUAGCAAUGGAUUCUUCUGCCUGGAUUUUGAUACUAGAGCAUUUUUAGACUUUAAAGUGUCUUUCUUCAUGUCUUGGUAUCAGAGCUAGAACUGUUUAUAAUAUGAACUGAAGUGGCAACAAUUCACAAAACCUUCCAAACAUUAUGUAUGCUGACUAGAAUUAUCUUUAAAUGAUAAUAUAAGAUAAUAAAUAUAAGUUUUCAUUUUCCUCUUCUACAAAUGUUAAUGAUAACUAUCCUUUUGUGUGCAGCAGUGUAAAUGUAUCAGAAAGCUAGAAUAUCUCUUUAAUUUAACAUUACAACUACUAUAACAUUUGUAUAUUUAUCAACUGUUUAAAUUCUGAUAAGUGUCAGGAAGGUUUCUCUUUAUUAGUUACUCAUGCCUUAUAGACAUCAAUAACUUGCAGGUGAUGUGAAAGAAUUCAGCUGUUUUUUGUUUUUUUUUUCACAGAUAGCAGUAGUAAUGCUACAUUUAUCAGCAGCUUACAAGCAAGAACUAUUUACUGCAUGAUAAAUGUCAUAGUUUAUUUCAUCUCUUGAUAAAUGAAAAGUUUGUACUUGAAUUUUGUUUAAUCUUUAUUGUGUAUCUGUAAGAAAAUUGUUUAAAUCAAGUUACAUGUUUUUAUCUGAAUAGAAAAAUAAAAUCCUGAAUUCCCUAGACAUACUUAUUUUUAGACAAGUUACAUUUGAUCUUCAAUAUGCUUUUCUGUGAUUCAAGGGGGCCAAUUUUGACCAAAUCUUGUACAUAUAUAAUUAAAAUAUAAACUACCUGGCAAAAUAUACAGAAAAGUGUGGCAAUAGUUGUCUAUUACAAACGUCUAAAUAAUUUAAAGUUUGUAUAAUAAAGUGUGAACAUUUUUCUUGCUGGACCACCUUUAUAUAUAUUUUUGUAACUUAUUUUUCUUGAUUUUACAUAAAAAUUCUAAUGCUUAAGACUAGAACUCUUGGUAUCUACUUCAACUGCUCAUGUUUCAUACAUUAUAAGUACCAGUAGUUAUUAGUUAUUUGGUUUCUGAUCCUUGCCUUCAUCUCCUUUAGGCUUGGUUAAGAGAAAGUCUGAUUUAAUUACAGAGAGUGAAUGCAAGCAUUUUACCCCUAGUAAGUUGGUAGGUCUGAUAGCUUAUAUUGCUAAAAAUCUGGUUUUGGCACUCAUAGUGGGCACAGCAUAGAUAGCCCACUGUGUAUCCUCAAGUGGCUCAAUAUUAAGUUUCAGAGCUUAUCAUAGCUUUGUACUUAAUAACAAACAAAAAAAGCAAGCAUUUUUUUUUAUGCCACCAACAUAUUUCUGUGUUUUAUCAACUUUUAUAAAUUACUAUGAGUGUAGCUUUAUACUUAAUGAUGAAUAAAUAAAGCAAUCGUUUCUUCUUAUUCUACCAACUUAUUUCUCUACUUCUCCUACUCUCAAAAAAUUAGUAUGACAAACAUCUAGCUCAUAGUUCCACAUUGGGCUCUUAAAACCUGUAAGAGUAAUAACUAGAUCUUAUCAUUAAGCACUAGAUCAAUAAAGGAGUUUGUUAUGAUAAACUGUUGGCUGUCUGUUGAGAGAGAGAAAGAUGACAAGCCUAUGGAUAACGAAAAAGAUUUGUUUGUUGAUUUGUUUCUGUUUACUAGCACAGUAUAGGUUUCUACUGAUACAUUGUUGAUUUGUUUCUGUAACUAGAACAGUGUAGGUUUCUACUGAUACUGUUAAUUUGUUUCUGUAACUAGCACAGUGUAGGUUUCUACUGAUACAUUGUUGAUUUGUUUCUGUAACUAGCACAGUAUAGGUUUCUACUGAUACAUUGUUGAUUUGUUUCUAUAACUAGAACAGUGUAGGUUUCUACUGAUACAUUGUUGAUUUGUUUCUGGAACUAGCACAGUGUAGGUUUCUACUGAUACAUUGUUGAUUUGUUUCUAUAACUAGAACAGUGUAGGUUUCUACUGAUACAUUGUUGAUUUGUUUCUGUAACUAGCACAGUGUAGGAUUCUACUGAUACAUUGUUGAUUUGUUUCUGGAACUAGCACAGUGUAGGUUUCUACUGAUACAUUGUUGAUUUGUUUCUGUAACUAGCACAGUAUAGGUUUCUACUAAUACAUUGUUGAUUUUUUUCUAUAGCUUGAACAAUUUAGGUUUAUAUAUAUAAAUAAAUAUAUAUAUAUAUAGCACAGUUUAGGUUUCUACUGAUACAUUCUUGAUUUGUUUUUGUAAUUAGGACAAUGUAAAGUGUAGGUUUCUACUCAUAUAUUGUGGAUUUUUUCUGUAACUCGCACAGUUUAGGUUUCUAAUAAUGUAGUGUUAGCUUGUUUCUAUAACUUGAACAAUUUAGGUUUCCAUAUAUGUAGAAUGCUGAAGGUAUCCCACACACUACAAAGUUGUAAAAAUUCAGAAAACAGUCAAAAUGGGAUAGAAAAAUAUUAACAAUGGAAAAAUGUUUUUACUUGAUUUAUUUUUUAUAUACCAUUUUAACUGUUUUCUGAAUUUUUAAAAGUUAAGUUUUCUAUUGAUACAUUGUUGAUUUGUUUCUAUAAGUAGUACAGCACGUAUUAUUACUGAUGUCUUUCAAACCCAUGUUUCACGGAUAUAAAAUUUCAAAAUAAAGAACUGUCAUGAAUAUUUGAAAGUAUAGAAAGUUAUGUUCAUGGGACUAUAAUUGUAGUUGUUAAUCGUCAUAUGUAAUUUAUGUACAACAGAAACUUUGGAUUUAGUUUUCUUAUUUCCUCAUGUGGUUAACACGUUUUUUUUGUUUAUAUUCUAAAAGGCUGUGAUAAUCAAAUAUAGCAUGAUCUUUAGAAUAAUUAAAACUUUAAAAUCAAAUACAUUAUUUUCUUUAGCCAUUGUUAUUUUUUUUCUUUAAAAAAGUUUUAAAAACAAGUAAUUACCACAGAUGUUUGUUACAUUACAGCCUAAUUUGUCUUACCUUCGAUUUUAUUGUUUAUAUUUGGUGUUUGAGAAACCACUAUUGUUUUUGUUUUUGAAAUUUCUUAAGAUUUAAAAAAAUGUUCUUCUGUGUUUUUGACUUUUUGAGAAACUUCAAAAAGUUAUUCAAAACAGAAGUUGUAAUGAUGCUUGGGUAGUUAUAUAGUUUUUCAAUGUAGAAAUGAACUAUUAAAGUAAUUGUGUGUGCCAAAUAUAGGAUAUUCAUUCCAGAAUUAUGGAAGAACUUGAUUUUUAAGUACCUGCUGUUGUUACUGUAUGUGCUUUACUAGUCUGUUAGUAAACUGGUUUAUGAUUGUUUCUUACAACACUAGAUGUUCUCUCUCUCUCUUAUAAGUUUGGAAAUUUAAAAGAUUGUCUAUGCUCUAGUACCUAGGAAAAUUUGCAUUUAUGUUUUUCUCUAUUGUUUAGUAAAAGAGCAUAGUUUUAUUUACAUGAAAUCAUGGAAAGUGGUUGGAAUCUGUGGUUUUUGUGUAAUAUAACAAUAUAUUGAGUAUAGAUAUAUGUCAAAAUUCUGUGUUGUAUAUAAAUAUAUAUCAAACUACCAAAUUUUUCAAAACAGAAAUGUUUAAUUGUUUUAAAUUGGGUGAUAUGUAGCAUGAGGGAUAUGAUAUCUUGAACUAAAUUCAAUCAUUGUGUGUGUGAGAUAACACUACUUGUUAAUUUCUGAAGGAUUAAAUUACCAAGUAUUGUAAAUUGAAACUGAACAAGAUGAAGAUCUCAUCAGUGUGAAUUGAUUUUCAUAGCUACAUAUUAUUUCUAUUUUCAAUUCUGUGUUAAUAGAUCAAGUCAGCACCAUUAAAAAUACAACACUACCACAAUUACAAAAUUGUAUUUUAACAACUGUUUAUACAAUAUGUUAUUUCAUAUAAUAAUUUGCAGCUAACCUGCCUUUUUCUUGUUUUUUAAAUAUAUAACUGGAACUGGCUUUCUUCUGGCAUGUUCUGACUCAUCAUCUUUGUAGGCCUUUUAAAACUUAAGUUUAAAAA